AUGGAUGACGCUGAAUUAAACGCUAUUAGGUCUGCAAGAUUGGCCGAGUUACAGAAAAAUUCUGGUCAGUCUGGAUCAUCAUCAGGAUCAGGUGCUGAAUCGCAGAAGGAUCAGGUGAAAACUUCCAUGCUAGCGCAAAUAUUGGAACCCCAGGCUAGAGAAAGGCUUUCCAGAGUGAGGAUAGUUAGAUCCGACAGAGCUGACGCUGUAGAACAGUAUCUUAUCAAGUUGGCAACGACGGGAUCGCUUCAAAGAAAAAUUGGAGAGAGUGAGUUGGUUGAGAUAUUGGAUAGCUUGAGCAGAGAUGAGAAGAAGCAGACCCAGUCUAAAAUUGUGUUCAACAGAAGAACCACCGUUGAAGAUGACGAAGACGACGACUUUUUCGAUUAA